AUGUUGAAAAAGAAAUCGGCUAAACUGUUAUCCUUCGAUGCCUUUGCGAAGACAGAAGAAGAAGUUCGUAUAAGAACAAAUACGGGUGGUAUCAUAACCAUAUCAUGUAUACUAGUAACACUCUAUCUACUGUUGAAUGAGUGGUCACAAUUUAAUUCUGUCAUUACUUCUCCACAAUUGGUAGUGGAUAGAGAUAGAAAUUUGAAAUUAGAAUUGAACUUGGAUAUUUCAUUCCCAAAUAUCUCUUGUGAUUUGAUUAAUUUGGAUAUUAUGGAUGAGUCAGGUGAGUUACAAUUGGAUCUGUUGGAUUCUACUUUCAUCAAGACUAGGCUGGAUCCACAAGGGAACCCAUUAGAUAAUGAUAAUAAUGUUGCCGAUACCGAUGCUGAUUUGGUGAUUGGUGUAGAUGAUUUGACUAAAAAUGGUGAAAAAAGGUUAAAGGAGAUUUUAGCUAAAGACCCUGAUUAUUGUGGUUCGUGUUAUGGCUCUCAAGAUCAAACAGAAAAUGAAUCGAAAUCAAAGGAUCAAAAAAUCUGUUGUCAAACUUGUAAUGAUGUAAGAGAUUCUUAUUUGAAUGCAGGUUGGGCAUUCUUUGAUGGUGCACAAAUUGAGCAAUGUGAAAAUGAAGGAUACGUAGCUAAAAUUAAUAAGCAUUUAGAAGAAGGUUGUAGAAUAAAAGGACAAGCUCUUUUAAAUCGAAUUCAAGGUAAUAUUCAUUUCGCACCAGGGAAAUCAUACUCAAAUUAUAAAGCGAAGGGGUCUACUCAUCGUCAUGAUACUUCAUUAUAUGAUAAAGUUAAAAAAAUGAAUUUUAAUCAUAUCAUUCAUCACCUAAGUUUUGGUAAAUCAAUCGAUAAAGUUGGUAAGAAUGAUUUGAAAGAUUACUCCGAUAGAAAGAAGUUUUCAAUAAACCCACUGGAUGAUAGAAAAGUCAUUGUUAAAGAUUUUAAUCCUGCAUUCCAUCAAUUUUCUUAUUAUACUAAAAUCGUUCCAACAAGAUAUGAAUUUUUAGAUGAGAAAAUUAGUUCAAUAGAAACUGCGCAAUUCAGUGCUACUUAUCAUUCAAGACCAAUACAAGGUGGAACAGAUGAAGAUCAUCCAACCACAUUCCAUUCAAGAGGUGGGAUACCAGGAUUGUUUUUCUUCUUUGAAAUGUCACCAAUAAAAGUUAUCAAUAAAGAACAUCAUUUUAGAACUUGGUCAAGUUUCCUAUUGAAUUGUAUCACAAGUAUUGGUAGUGUUUUAGCUGUGGGGACUGUUUUCGACAAAAUCUUUUAUAGGGCUCAAAAGACUUUGAAAGCUAAAAAGAGUAAAUAA